AUGCCUUGGACAAGAGGAGAGCUCCUUGGAGAAGGAGGCUAUGGCCGCGUGUACGAGUGUCUCAACGACGACGGGACGAUCUGUGCGGCGAAGAUUGUUCCCUUGCGCAAGGGAGAGGAUGAGCGAGCUCAGGCAGCGCAGGCAGAGAUAGAGCGAGAGGUGGAGGUGAUGAAAAAGCUAUGGCAUCCCAACAUCGUCCAGUACCUUGGAACCGAGCGAACGGCCAAGGAGCUCACGAUAUUCCUCGAACUUGUGCCUGGAGGGUCGAUCACUUCCAUGCUCAGCAAGUACGGGAAGUUCAAAGAGCCGAUCGUACGAGGAUACACCCGAGAAAUACUGCAGGGUCUGCAAUACCUUCAUGCGAACAAGAUUCUACAUCGAGACAUCAAAGGACAGAACAUCCUCGUUGAUCAUGCCGGGAUAUGCAAGCUGUCGGACUUCGGUUGCAGUAAAGAGCUCUACGGAGAAGUUGCAUUGACGACAACUCUCAAAGGAACUCCACAGUUCAUGGCGCCGGAGGUUUUGAGAAAUCAGGGUCGCGGCUACUCUGAGAAGGCAGACGUCUGGUCCGUAGGCUGCACUGUCGUCGAGAUGUGCACGGGACAACGACCUUGGCCUGAGUUCAGCACCAACGAAGCUGUCAUGUUCCAUGUCGCGAUGCGCGACUCAGCGCGUCCUCGAACUCCGGCUUGGGUGUCCAAAGACUGCUCAGAUUUUCUCGAUGCUUGCUUUGCGAGAGAUCCUUCUAAGCGGCCAAGCGUCGACGAGCUGCUGAAGCAUCGGCUAGUAGAAGAGGUCAGCCUUGCUUCCUCCAGGCCCGUGAUGACUUGA